AUGAAGUUUGAGUUCAUCGACAGCCGCGACAUUGGCGACUGGCGUACGAGAAGACAGAUCCGUAGCUAUGUGGCCAAGGGCCGGAACGCCGGCAGGAAGCUCACCCGGCCGUCGAGGAAGAAGGCGCAGGAAGCGCUGAUGGCCACCGCCAGCUCGCCCACGGCGCUAUCUGCCUAUCGGCAAAUAUUACUAUCACCGCCCGCCCAGGCCAGUGUAGCCGCCCCGUUUCCUCGUGGCUCGUCAGUCCUCCUGAGCUCGCUCCCGGCACAUGUGCAGCUCACUGCGCGGUCCCUCGGCCUGGGCGUCCUCGAACGAGCCAUUUCUUUCUUCGCGAAUAUUCGGCAUCCUCCCGAGCUGGACGACGUUCUCGACUACGCCUCGGAGCCGCGUUCAAAUUACAUCGUGCCGAUCCUGCGGGAUGAAGCGUAUUUCCACGGGGCGAUGGCCGUGUUUAUGGCCGCAUUCCCCAGCAUGCCCGUGUCCCCCAGCCAGGAUAGCACGGCAGCGCGCGUGCGCCACCUCUGCGUCGCCCUCCGGCUCGUUAACGCCCGGCUGUCCGGCAGCAACGCCGCGGCCGACGAGAACGUGACCGUGGUGAUGAUACUGGCGCUGUACGAGCGCUUCCAGGGGUCCUACCACCGCGGCCGGCUGCAUCUCGACGGCGUGCGGCGCAUGGUUGAGAUGCGCGGCGGCAUCGGCGGCUUCGCAAGAAGCAACCCUACCUGGGCCCGCAAAGUAUUCCGG